AUGGGAGGCAUCGAAGAGCUCAACAACCUCGUCAUGAAGGACUUUUGUCCCUAUACCGCUGGCGGCGACAGCAUCAAGAACAUCCGCGUGGGCUCCUUUGAGCAGCGUCACUACGAGCAGGACGACAAGUCGCUCAACACGGCCCUCUGGGACAUGUACCCCGUCGACGCUCCGCUCGUCGACCUCGACCCCGAGCUGUCCAUGACCACCGACGUCCGCCAGCCCAAGUAUCACCUCCUCGACCAGCCAUGGGAGGCGGGCAAGCUCCUCCCGCCGUACGCUCUCGCCGACAUCGACGCCAGCAUCGUCGAUUUUGAGAAGAUGCGCGUUGCGAAGAACCUCCUCUCCGUCAACCGCGCCUUCCUCGCCACGACGACGGGCUUCACCCACUACCACUCGUCGCUCAAGGGCGUCGGCCCCGUCUCGGCGCGCCUCGCGCAGAACAAGAAGGGUGCCAAGACCAAGGCUCUCCCCGAGCUCAUUGCGGCGCUCGGUGCGAAGAAGGACGCGGCGAACAAGCUGUUCAUUGCCAAGAAGUACCUCCCGGGCAUGAAGGAGUAUGUCAAGAUCCUCAUUGAGCUGUACCCCUGGUCAGCGACGCCGCUCAUCUUCACCUCGGCCGACGCGUUCAGCACGGGCAUCGCGCAGCUCGAGUCGUCGGUGUGGAGCAACAUGGCGGGCACGGCGCUCAACCUUGCGAAGAAGGACAAGAACUGGUACAUUGUGGCCAUGGACGCGUCGUGGGCCGUCAUCACGAUGCGCUACGUCGCGAGCAAGCUGCUCUGCAAGGGCUACGACCGUGAGUGGUGGAGCGGAGCCAUCACCGGCUGGGGCGUGGUCCCGAAGAGCACGACGGAUGCCAUGGAGCUCGCCGAGCUGGCCAAGAAGGUCGAGGCGGUCGGAGCGAAGCACGGGAACAACACGUGGGCGCACAAGAUGUGCGUCGACGAGCACAAGGGCUGCUGUGAGGUCGGCGAGGCGGAUGCCGUCUCGGCCCUCGGCGAGAAGAUCCAGAACACGCUGUGA